AAUUUGUUUCCAUGGUGAUUUUAUGAUACUCAAAGUAUUCAUUUUCAAAAUAGCUAUGUAGUUUGCGUCUAGGCCUCGAAAUUCUCGUGAUUUUUGGAAAUUUCUGUAAAUUGCAAAAUUUCUCAACCCAAAUUCAAAAUGAGUCCUGAAAAAAUUUCUGUUGCCAAAUAUCUUCGAGAACCGUAUGGGAAGGAGACAAAAAAGGUCAUGAAGAAGAUAGACAAUGGUGCACCAUUCUUCUAUCCGUCCUUCUAUUUUUCCUCAAGUAAGCUUGGAGAUGCUAUGGCCAGAAUGAAGACCAUCAUGAUGAUGAACAAGCAGCUUAUGAUCAAAAUAAAUACUGUCUACAGGACUACAAGGUUCAUUGAUGAUAGCAGAAUUAUGUCAAAAAAAUUGAAAAAAGCUAUAGAAGUGAAACGCAAAGACAGAGAAGUGCGCAUGGAGAUUAUUGCCAAGGAGAAUGAAAAAGUUUUGAACAGGAUUAGAGGAGCUAAAUCAUCAUACAAUCAAGAAAGUCUACAAAGAACUCGAAACAUCAAACUCAAAUCAGCAUCUCCACUGUCGAAGAUGAAAAAUUAUGAUCGAUGGAGUAUAUUACCUGAAGGUGAACCUAGUGUACCGAGCAGAAGAGUUACGUGUUUCUUUGAUAUAACCAUUGAUAAAAUAAAACGAGGACGUCUUCUGUUUGAAAUCUACUGCGAUAUAGUUCCCAGAACAGCGGAGCGUUUCAUUUCUUUAUGCGAUUCCGAGUUUUUCCCAACUUAUAGAAAAGCAAAGAUGCACCAGGUCUUUUCUGGAUUUUUUUGUCUCGGGGGCGAACUGAAUAAUUUCUUGGAGGAAAAUAACAAACGCAUGGGAUAUUUUCCAGAUGAGAAUCAUGUUUUGGAACAUGCUGGACCAGGUGUUAUCUCCAUGUUCAACUCGGUACAGAAUAAGAAUAACACAAAGUUUCUGAUCACUUUCAAAAAACUCACAACUUUGAAUGGACGCUUUGUCGUAUUUGGUCGGCUGAAAAACAAAAAAUCAUUACAUGUUCUGGAAAUGAUAGAGGAAUUUGGUACGAAGAGUGGAUGCCCCAAAGAAGGAAAUUAUAAUUUCUGAUUGCGGAGUUCUGUGAUUGUAAAGUUCUGUGAUUACAUUAAUUUUGUAAGAAUGUGGAAUCCGAUAUUGGAUGUGCUUUCGUCUCUGUAUUUGUUUUGAUAUAGCUGUUGUUCUCAUAACAUCUUUAACGUUUUAUUCUUAUUUGAGUAUGGUUUUUCAUUUUGUGCUUAUUUGAGCUCUUUUAUAGGAAUCAGUCUGAUGAUAGGAAAUUUUUAUCGGCUGUGAAUCAGCAUGAUGUUUUCACUCUGUGAUUAUAAACGCUCAACCGGCCAACUCAAAUAAUGUUAGUCGAAAUGAAAAUAAUUGAUAUGGUUUUAAGCGCUUAUA